UUUAGGUGGAAUCUCUUUCCCUGCACAUUGAAUCCAUUACUCCGUGUCCUAGUCUCUGAGGCAGCAGAAAACGAGCUUGAUCCCUCACCAACACGACAUCCCUUCAAAUAUAGAAACUUGGCUACCGUGUCACCCCUUAACCUUAUUUUCUCCAGACAAAACUUACCGAGCUCCCUGCGUCUUUUCUCAUGGGGCAUGGAAUCCAGACCUUUGACCAUUUCGGUUGCCCUCCUCUGGGCCAGUUCCAGCUUGUAAAUAUCCUUCCUGAAUUCUAAUGAGCAGAACUUGGACUUAGUAUUCCAGGUGAGGUCUGCAGUAUAAAGUGGUACUUUUACAUCCCUUGAUCUAGACACUAUACUCCCAUUGAUGCAUCCCUGAAUUGCAUUGGCUUUCUUGGCUGCUGCAUCACACUGCUGACUCAUGUUCAGUUAAGACUCCCAGAUCCCUUUCGCAUAUCUAACAAUGCAGGUGCAAAUCCUGGUUUGUUUUUUUAAGCCAUAAGUUGUGACAAAAGCCCCAACCUUAAACUCCAUGUCACCUAGAGAGUAAAGUUAUGCUGCUCUGUAGGGGUUGCUGGAGGCAUCUCUGAAGAAACAGAACCGGAGGCCUCUGGCUGUGGGCCUUUCAUCCAGACUGCUAGAAUGGUCUGCACGAGAAUGCAGUGAUGGUUUAACUUCUUUGAGAGUAACACUCCUCUUCAGGCUGGGAGGGGUGGAGCAAGGAGCAUUUAGAGCAGGGGGAAGAGAACAACCUUCGGCGGUCAUGAUCCUGCAAUGCGGAUGGUUCCUUUUGGGAAAAGCCCCAGGUUGUGGGCAAGAGGGGAGGGUGUGGUACACUUAAUACAGAGACCCUCUUGGUUAGGGUUUCCAUGGUUCCCUUGCUUGCUUUAAUUAUUGUUCUCAUGAUUACUUUGUAAACCACAUCGAGCAGUUCUCUGGAGAAGCCACAGGUACAUUUUUUUUUAAUAAGGAGAGAUUCAACUUGUCCGUCAAGCAGGAGAGAUCCCCCCCCCCCUCCAAGGCUGGCCCUCACAAGGGAAAUGAAAAUGUAGGAAUCACAACCUCCUUGGACUUCCCCUUCUCUUCCAUCCCCAUUUCCCCUCACCAGCACAGGAGUUUUCUGAAACCCCGUCGGUGCCACUUUCUGUUCCACCUUCGAUUGCCCGGCCUGUGACAUCCCAGCUGUACUCCACCUGUUUCAGGCUACAUCCGGUGCCAAGGUUGCUAAGCCUGCGGGAGUGACCUUGAAGGCUUCUAGCACCACCUCCCAGCCCCGAUCAGAAGGAGCAGGUCCCACGCAACUCGUUGUUCCCCUUGGCCAAGGAGUCUGUGGGCAUUUCUCCCCUCCUCUCUGCUGAAGUUCAGGACCAGUAGAAUUGAGCUCCAUCCACCCAACAUCACAAUGAUUGUGGAGGCCUUUCUGUGGGCUCUCGUGGGUGCCUCCUCAUCGCUUUCUGUGAUUACCCCACAAAAGCUGUUCAGGGUCUACCCUGGCCAGACAGCUUUUCUCCGUCUCUCUCUCCAGUUCCGGCAACCAGAGUGGAAAUAUUUCCAUGCCAAAUGGAGAUUCCUCACAAAGAAUGUGCCCGUCCUUUACUGUGCUGCGGAGUGCAAGGCUGGCUCCAGCUCAGCAAACCACACCUGCGAGUACACUGUGGAGAAGGACGGGGCGUACGAGGCACGGGUGGACGUUCAGGAAGGCUGUUCACUGGUGCUGAUGGAUGUGUGGCCAGAGGAUGCCGGGAAAUAUGAGGUGCGCGUCCUUGCCCUGGACGAGUCGGGCAGCGCAUCCUUGGAGGUGGAUGUCCUGGAAGGUAAUGGAAGAGAUCUGAGCUCCCCAGGGCCACGGCAGCCCCAGGGAUCAGCCAACCCUGUGUCAAGAAAAGGAGCACGGGGCCGUUCAGGGUUUCCAAUUACAGUGGAGCCCACAUUGUCUACAAAAGAAGGUCUGCCCUCGUCUGAUUUGGUUUCCUGGCCGCUGCGUGCCAUCUCUGCCGCUGUCCACCACACAGCUUGGCUGCCCAUCCAGCCUCUGGACCACGCCUGGACGUUCCUUAUCAUCAAAUGGGAGUUUGUCACCACCAACAGGAGCAGACCUAUCCUGGUCUACUUCGUGGACAGUUGCAACGGGACCAUAGGUGAAUGGUGGGAGAGGGAAUGCACCAUUCACAAAACAGUGGCUGUCGAGUACCAGCAGCGGGUGAACAUCCUCAGGAAUGGUACUUUGGUGAUUCACAGCGUGGACUUCAAGGAUGCUGGAGUGUACCAGGCCACCAUAUGGACCUCGAGUGGCAAAGUCCAGGCAGCAGUGAAUCUCACAGUGAUUCCUGGGCAGAAAGCAUGUCUGGACAACCAUCUGCCCUGGACCUCCAAGCCAGGCCAGGAAAGGGGACGGAGCUCUGCUAUGACUGGGCUUGACAAGAAGGAUGGACCCAUCGACCCCUUUCAUGGAUCAACCUUCUUUGGAAGGCUGGGAAAUUCCCAUCAUGCAUUUGCCUCAAUGCCCCGCCAUCACUGCUUGAUAUUUUGCAAGACUGUUGUGUCACCUGCAGCUCUCUCUCACACAGUGAUGUGAAACUUGAUCUGGAUAUUCCAGAACCCUGAUGGAAGGAACACCCAGGGGCAAGCACAUGGCGCAUACUUAUGCGCACGGAGGCAAAAUUAUUCCAUGGCAUUUGGCUUUCUAUGCCCCAAACCAUGUUGAGGGUGCAUAUGGCCAGUAGUAUUACAUGCAAAUUGACAGUUUCAGAUCUCUGUAAUGCACGGCAGCACCUUCUACCAACUCUCAGCUGGCUGUGCCAACUGCAGCCUUCUCUCGAGAGGAAUCACUCAGCCAUGGCUGGCAAGACCCUGGACAUACAGCAGCGGGCGCUGGGAGAGUGGGGGGAGAUCGCAGUGAAUCUCCUGUGUUGAGCAGGGGUUGGACUACGGUGGAUUCUGCACAGAGUUUUGGGGGAGAACUUUGCACAGCUCUCUUCCCCAAAAUGAAUUCAGCACGUUAUAUUUCUCUCAACCUGGGUUUUUCAAAGAUCGCCAACCAAGUAACCUUUUCCCCUCAACCUGGGUUGAGGAUGAUUCCUGCCUGGUGAACAGUGGCAUAGCACCAAGGGGUGGCAGGUGCACGAUUUACCGGGCACGCACCAGUGCAGGGGUGUGGCAGGGCAGGCGAGGGCACGUGCCCCAGGCAUAAUUCCUCCUCGCUCUGGCCCUGUUGCUGAGCAAAUGCCAGCAGGCCGGAAACGUUUUAUUUCUCCCGCCCAAACUUCUUACUUUCAUUUUCGCUGCUCCUGCCUGCCAGUUUGUGGUUUGCAGGAGAUUCUCCGUGGAGAUUCCCCAUGGAAGUUUCCACUGCUUGCAGCCCAUCCAUUUGCUAUUUCAUUGUAAAAAGUAGACAAAUAAAGUUUGUUUUGCCUAGCGA